UCCACGUGCAACCAGCGCCCUCUGCUGAACAUCGUGGUUAGUGGCAGGCAAUGUGUUCUUUUUACUUCAGUAGAGCUGAGUGAGAACUGACUUUAGCCAGCACUGUGCGACAGGGGCGGACUGACAACUCAUGGGGCCCCUGGGUAAUAGGGGAUCAUGGGGCCCCUGUGUCCUUGCCCAAGCUCAAAAAAGCCUAUGAAAAAGGUAUCGGGCAUUUCAUGGGGCCCCCUACUGACCCCGGGCCUUCGGGCAGUGCCCGAGUUUCCAAAUGGUCAGUCCGCCCGUCAGUGUCUG